CUCGUACACGUUCGGGGGCGAAAGGUGGGGAUCCACGCAGCAGGCAUAGAACACGGCUUGCUCUCUGUCGCGCUUAAACAUCUCAGUUGCGGAAGAAUAUCGCGAGUUUUCGGACGCGAGUUCAUAUUUCGCGAGGAACCACGUUGACUCGCGACGUCGACGGCGACGACGGCGGUGGCGGAAACAAUCGACGGUUUUUUUUUUUUUUUUUCCAACAAUCGACUUUUUUCCGUUUUAAAGAGAGCCUCCAACAAGUGUGUAUUCCACAUUGCAGAGACCGCGGUCGAUCGGGCUUAAUUCGGGUCUACCCUGAAUCAGCGGUGUUGGCGAACGUAUAAGAUUGGCGAUCGAGUCGAAACAUGGAGAACACGUGACCGUGAUAAAACAAAGUGUGCGAUCUCGUCGGGGAAACACGGAGGAGCGAGAAGUGCGAGGAGUAAGUAAAGGAGUGGAGGAGAUUUCGCGAGUGCGAGCGCGGAACAUCGGGCCGGGAAACGUUUUCGAAAAAAGCGAUGAUAAGGGUCGCGAGGACGACUAAGUCACAUCGGAACUGUGCGACCCGCGAUUGAGGUCAUUGAGAGUUUCGCUCUCCAAGUAGCACUCCGUGGUGUGCUAAGGCGCUCGGUUGUGCCAGUUGUGCGGGCAGUUGGACGACUAGGUCGAGCAAAGGAAGAUGAAGAACAACUCGAGUAACUCGAAUCACGAGAAGAAGAAUGGGCCGGAGAACCAGAAGCUGCUGCGGGUGCCGACAACGCCGCCCACAACGCCGUCGUCGCCCACGACGCCCACGACGCCCACCAGAGGUCUAGAGGAUGUUUUCAAGGAGCUGCCGAUCACCGACGACACCUCGUGCGGCAUAUGGUGCUUCAAAGGACCGAUCCUGCAGAAAUUCGCCAACAAGAAGGCGUACGUGUUUCUAUACGGCGUGCUUGGUUGCAUAUUCUCGGCCAGUUACGCCUACUUCAACGGCACCAUCACCACCAUCGAGAAGAGAUUCAAAAUACCUUCGAAGACAACGGGUCUCAUCACGGUGGGUAACGACAUCUCGCAACUUUUCGUAUCCGUCGUUCUUUCGUAUUACGCAGGAAGGGGUCACAGGCCUCGAUGGAUCGCUUUCGGUAUUUACACCGUUGUGCUUUUUUGUUGUCUAACGAUGCUGCCGCACUUCCUCUACGGGCCCGGCGAGGACGCUCUGUCGCUCACCAAGGAAUACGGGGCGAAAUUGCCGACUCAACUGACAAACAUGAGCGCGAUACCCGACAGGCAUCGGAAAUUCCUCUGCAUGGACAAAGAAAAUCGCGAAACGGACUGCGAGGUCCAAGACGGUAACUUCGCGCCGCAACUGCUUCUUUUCAUAGCCCAGCUGGUGUCCGGAGUGGGUGGUUCUCUUUAUUACACCCUCGGCGUGUCGUACAUGGACGACAACAUACAGAAAUCAAAGACGCCGGCGUUGAUCAGCUUCUCGUACUUCCUGAGAAUGUUGGGACCUGCCAUCGGCUACGGACUGGCCUCGUUUUCCUUGAAGUUCUACGUCAGCCCGACAUUAACUCCUACCAUCACGAUGCAGGAUCCAAGGUGGCUGGGCGCCUGGUGGCUGGGAUGGAUUAUUCUGGCCAUUCUACUUUUUAUAUUCGCGAGUGUGAUCGCGCUCUUUCCGAAAACUCUGCCGAGAGCGGCGGCGCGCAAAGUUCUCGCCUUGGAACGCAACAAAUCGGCCAGCAGCAUCAAGGGCGAGCAGGAAUCGGAAUUGCCGGCGUCAAUAUCGGACAUGAUGAGAACAUUCAAGCGACUGCUGACGAACACGACCUUGAUGUGCAACAAUCUCGCGACGGUCUUCUAUUUUAUGGGUUACAUGCCGUACUGGAUCUUCAUGCCGAAGUACAUCGAGACCCAGUACAAACAAUCGGCGUCGGUUUCGUCGUUAAUCACCGGCACGGUCGGCUUGGUGUUCAGCGCCUUUGGAAUUUUGUUGUCCGGUCUGAUCAUUUCGAAAUACAAACCCAAAGCCAGAUAUUUGGCGGCUUGGAACGUCAUGAUCGGCAUUAUAUCGAUAAUGGGGAUGAUCUCUUACGCCUUUCUCGGUUGUUCGGCGAACGACAGUCAAAUCGCGAUUCAACCCAAUGGUGUUCUGAAAACGCUGCUGCCCUGCAACGAGCAGUGCAGUUGCGACUACGUCACCUACAAUCCCGUGUGCACCGAGAACGGACAAACAUUUAUAUCGGCGUGUCACGCCGGCUGCCGUAGCAUGAAGCUGUUUAGCAAUGGCAGCAAAAUUUACACGGACUGUAGCUGCGUGAGAACAACGUUGCCUCAUCAUCCGGCGCAGUCAGGCGCCAACAACACCUUCCCAUUCUCGACGGAACCCUCUUACGAAACGAAUCCUCUCUGGUCCGAAACCGUUUCGGAGACACUGGGAACGGCCGUUCCGGGUUCGUGUCCGGUCGACUGCAUGGAAAAGUUCUACAUCUUUUUAGCUGUGGUGUGCCUUUUGAAGUUCAGCGGCGCGACAGGCAGAGCGUCGAAUUUCCUAGUUUCCGUGAGAUGCGUCGACGAGAAGGACAAGGCGGUCGCUAUGGGCUUUGGAUUGACGAUAAUGAGCCUGUUUGCGUUCAUACCGUCGCCGAUUUUGUUUGGAUAUAUAUUAGAUAGGACUUGUCUUGUGUGGGGCAAAACGUGCUCGGGGACGGGAAAUUGCUGGCUGUACAACGGCGAGGCGUUGAGGUACUUGCUGAACUUCACCGCAGCCUGUUUCGUAACAAUCGGCACGCUGUUCGACGUAGGGGUUUGGUACUUCGUCAAAGAUGUGAAGAUCUUUGACGAGGAAAUCGAAUUGGAGGACAUAGCUGAGGAACCCGGCGAAACACUUUGAGGAAAUGAUCACGUUGAUGAUCACGUUUAUUAAUAAAAACAAAAAAAAAAAAA